UUUACUUACGAUCUAUGUUGGAACAUGACUGGAGGAUUCGACGCUCGCCAGGUAGAAGAUUCUGCAAGAGAAUAUCUAGAACGGCAUAACAUUUCCGUCUACCUGGAGGACGCGGUAUGUCGUCUACUAGAUGAUCGGCCCGAGAAACCGGCGAAAUUUCUUUCAGAAUAGUGAUUUCGAUAGUGUUCUCCGCGGUACAAAUACGCUGCUCCGAGAAUAUGAGUAUGUAAAGGCAACCCCGCAAAAUAGACUCUCAUUUGUAGAUCGGUUUGGUGAAGUUUUAAAAGGAAGGAAUGCAUCAUAUACGGCGACAGAGUAUCAUCAUCUUGUCGAACUUAUAUGCCCUGAUUUCCCCUACGAUGUUAUCGCUCGCGCAAUGGAUAUCGCGGAAUGUCGCGGAAAGGUUUCAGUGACUUAUGAUGACAAUGGGUUGGCCAAACCAAAGCUGCCAGGUUCAAUGUUCAUACCCUGCCUGCGAAUAUGUUUUUCCUACCUCGAGUUUUUUGAGCUCUCUCAUCAUGCCCUUCGUGAAGGAUUCGCAAAAGCGUACUCACAGACUUGUAAUUCAGAGCUGCAAGCUGGAUGCACGGCCCCAGAAGAAUCAGGAGAUGAAAAGGAGAUUACAAAAACAGUAUCAGAAACACUGUCGAACGCAAUCAAUAAAUUGCAAACUGAUGGAUUGUUCAUCCCACCCGAACCAGCAAUUGAGAGGGCCAUACGCGCGGCGUGCAAACACAUACACGAGACACCGAUGUCAUUUCCAGACGUGUACCAGUCGUUCUUGACCGAAAUACUCAAGGCAGUAGAAGAUCCUAGGACUGCUAGGAGUAGUUACUGACCGCAAAAAGAGAGACUUUCUACUAUGAAAGAUAGUCCUUCUACUGAACCAUCCUAUGUAUCUAGCUUAAUAUUACUGCGACUGUCUGCCCA